AUGCCGGUCGACAAGAUCACCCCCGACGAUAGUCGUGUGUCUCAUCGCGAGACUGUUCUGAACGGACAAAAGUACCACUAUAUACACGGUGUCCCGAAGCAUGGGAAGUUUAAGGCUACCGUCUUCCUCAUUCACGGAUGGCCGGACUUAUCGUAUGGCUGGCGAUAUCAGAUACCGUUCCUUAUUCAGCAAAACAUGCAGGUCGUUGUUCCGGACAUGAUGGGAUAUGGUAGAACUGAUGCUCCACGCUCACCACCUGCUGAUCUACGUCUCUAUUCGAUCAAACGGGCUGCCGACGACAUCUCGGAACUGGCCAAGCAACUGGGAGCCCCCAAAAUCAUUCUGGGUGGCCACGACUGGGGCGGCAUUGUGGUGUAUCGAACUGCACAAUGGUAUCCGGAGCUCGUUACCCAUGUCUUCUCUGUAUGCACUCCAUACACGGCUCCCUCUAGACGUUUCAUCUCGCUUGCCGAAAUGGUACAUGGGCCCUUGCCUCAAUUCGGAUACCAGAUGCAGCUCGCUGGACCAGAGCUGGAGGCCAACGUGACAUCCUGUGAUCAGGUCAGGAACUUCCUCAGGGCUUUGUACGGUGGGAGAUCCGAGCAGGGGAAACCUUACUUUCGGCCGGAAACUGGUAUAGAUCUUGAUGGGCUGGAGACGAUUGGUGUCGCACCCUCGCUUGAUGGAGAGGCAUGUUCAAGUGAGAUGAACUCGCAGAUCGUUAUUGACUCAAGAUUACAGGAACUCGAAUACUAUACCAGAGAGUACAUGCGCCAUGGACUACAUGGACCUUUGAACUGGUAUCGAACACGUCGUAUCAAUUUCGAAGACGACUUGAAGCUGGGUACGAAGAUGGUCAAGCAACCAGUACUGUUUAUCUCUGGUAGGCAUGAUGCAGUGCUGACACCCGAGAUGUCCAAAGGUAUGGAAGCGUUUGUUCCACGUCUGACAAGGAGAGAGGUAGAAGCCAGUCAUUGGGCCUUGACACAAACCCCCGAAGAAGUAAAUAAUAUUGUGAAAGAGUGGCUUCGAGAGGUCGCUCUCGGAUCGAGAAGUUUAUUGUAG